CGCAGCCUUCACGAGACACUUUGACAGCAGGCGCGACUUCCCAGACUUUCCUCGCGACUGGGUGAUUCACUCCUCCCCCUCCUGACCCGUGGACUCCCCCCUCUCCACCUGUGGGCACCCAAGUCAGAGAAGAAGGAGGACAGAGAGCGGGAGACGAAACGCCGCCGCCCGGAGACGGCCAGAACAUCAAGAGAAGCAUGGGUGACUGGAGCUUUCUAGGGCGGCUGCUGGAGAAUGCUCAGGAACACUCUACCGUCAUUGGAAAGGUUUGGCUGACCGUGCUCUUCAUCUUCAGGAUUCUGGUUCUGGGUGCGGCAGCAGAAGAAGUGUGGGGUGAUGAGCAGUCAGACUUCACCUGCAACACACAACAGCCCGGUUGCGAGAAUGUGUGCUAUGACGAGGCAUUUCCCAUCUCCCACAUUCGCUUUUGGGUGCUCCAGAUCAUCUUCGUUUCCACACCAACUCUUAUCUAUCUGGGUCAUGUCCUGCACAUCGUACGCAUGGAGGAGAAGCGGCGGGAGCGGGAGGAAGAGCACCGGAAGGCUGGUCGUCACCGGGUGAACCACGAUCCUUUGUAUCACAAGGGAGUGGAUAACGGAGGCGUAGUGAAGAAAGAGAAACCUCCGAUUCGUGAUGAGCAUGGGAAGAUACGCAUCAGAGGCGCCUUACUUCGGACCUACAUCUUCAACAUCAUCUUUAAGACCUUGUUUGAGGUGGGCUUCAUCCUAGGACAGUACUUCCUUUAUGGAUUCCAACUGAGGCCUCUGUACAAAUGCCGCCGCUGGCCAUGCCCUAACACAGUGGACUGCUUCAUCUCCAGGCCAACUGAAAAGACCAUCUUUAUCAUCUUCAUGUUGCUGGUUGCCUGCAUUUCUCUGGUUCUCAAUCUGCUUGAGAUCUACCACCUGGGCUGGAAAAAGCUGAAGCAGGGGGUGACCAAUGAGUUUGUGCCAACCAACGAGGCCUUGAUGAAGAUCGAGGAGCUGCCGGGAGACGCCGAGACAAUCCCCGAGCAAACGUCCCCAUCGGUUCUAGACAAUAUGCCGGUAUAUGCCAGCGUGAGUCUUAUAGAAGAUGGCGCAGCAGAUGCUGGUGGAUAUAGUCAAACUGAGGCCUCCCUCAGGGAGAACAGGUCAACGCCCCCCGAGACUACGUCCAUGCAGGCUGACGACGUCUUGUUACACGAGUCUGUGUGUGACGACACGAGCAGCAGGCCUCUCACCGAAGAGGAGCAGAACAGGAGCAACACAGAGUUGGAGCUCAACAAUGCUGAGGAAAUCAAACGCUCCUCAUCCCCUCUUCCAUCGCUGCCUGUCUCAGAAUCCUCCUCUUCAACACCUUCUUUAGAGGAUCCAAUGUCCUCUUUUCCCACCCUACCCCGCAAUACCCCUCUCUACCCCCCCACAACAAAGGAGGCCACUGUCAAAGACAGGAACACCUCACCGCAGAUGCUCCCUCUUGAUGACUUCACUGUGGUCACCAAAGCAGAGAUGCAUCCGCCUCCAGAUGUGCCAAAGCCCAGGCGUCUCAGCAGGAGCAGCGGGGUCCGGGAGCGUCCGGAUGACCUGGCAGUGUAGUUCACUCAAACUCGCGUGUCAACAGAACCAUGUAUACAAGCUGUUUACAUGUGCACUCCAGCAGAACCCAAACAUGCCCUCUGUCAACAAGAACGGCUCAGAACUCGGGGGGAGGGGGGACCCAAUGUCUGUAACAGUGCCUUUCCAAAAUGCCUUAUUUUUCCAAACAAAUGACCUUAAAACCCAUUCUGCAUUGCUACAUUUUAAAUAUUUCAUCAAACCCCAAAAAUGAAUUCCAAGAAAAACCCAAUCAUGGAUUAAAUACAAAGUCCCAUCCAACCGUUGUAGAAGACCUUCCACUGAAUCCAAGUGACAGUCCAAAAAACAGCUGAAUGCUGAAUAGGAUGAUUCAAACGGACAAUAGUAGGUCAUUUGACUUUGUUUUAUUGCUUAUUGCCAUGGUUUAUGCCACGCAAA